UCCGGGAUCGCUCUACGGUCGUGACGGUGGUGGUGGUGGUGCUGGUGGUGGUACUGGUGUGUAACGCCGCCGUGGCAUGUGAUAACACGGAGCUGGCUGCAAGCUAAAACUGUUGUCGUUUGCCUUCGACGGGCGCGCGUUCCGCAGCUGUUCCGGUGGACAGACCGUGCGGGUAUUCGGUUUCACAUUGGUGUUAAUUGCCUUUAUCAAGCUGAGCCCACACCGAGCUCAGCCUAGCUGGGCCACCCGUUCAAUUGGAGGUGGUUUUAAUUAGUGAACUGGAGCAGAUUUAUGCCAAGGUGGUAAAUGAGUGUCUCGCGAUCGUGCUGGCGUGAUUCUGGUGAUUGAGGUUGAGGUACGCGAAAGAUUGGGACGGACCGGCGAACGGCGUGAAACAAAAUUAUGACAAUCAAGCUGGAGGUCGCCAGGACUGCUGACAAAAAGUAUGCGCACCCUUUCCGGCCGUCUAGCCUCCCAUUGACGGUGUUUGAGAACGAAAUCACGUGAGGGCUACGUGUCGGCGAAACUCGAUCUGGACUGUCAAAAGAAAUCCUGAUUGACGACACGGCGCCUAAGAGAUAAACGGGGAAAGAUAACAACCCGGUUCGCCCGGUCAGUGCUGGCAUCCCAGUCGAUGUGAAUCCGUUCGCAAAGCUCUUAACAAAUAAUGACAGUAAGCUCGGGACGAAACGCAAGGAGACAAUUUGGUUUAGUGUUGAGUGUGUGUGCGGUGUUGCUGGUGGUGAUGGUGGUGGUGGUGAAUGGUCGCGCAGCAACGGAGCAAGGUGCAACAGGCGUUACUACGAUGAACGCCGAAUAUCGUCAGUCGCCGGUGCCAGUGUACGAUGCUGGUGCUGGAGCUGGAGCUGGGGCCACCAAUCAAUCUUGGCAGCUGGAUGGGAAUGCGACCAUUACCCAUGGGGGUGCUCCGCUGGCGGAGUUACUACCCGAAGGCUCGGAAGCGGCCACCGGUGUGUCCGUGACAGCGCUAAAGCGUGGCCAGUGCCGUUGUUGGAACUCCACGGAGGAAGCGUUAGGUGAGGUGCAGUGCCGGUGUCUUGGCCAUUCGAUCGUGCGCGUACCCCAGAAGCUGACCAGCAUGCAACGGUUGAUACUGGAGAAGGUGGGCAUCAAACGGUUGCGAACCAACGCGCUGACAGUGUACGCGGACACGCUGCAGGAUCUGCUGCUCAUCUACUUGAAGGAGUUCCACCGCAUCGAACCGGCGGCCUUCGCCAAGUUGCGCCACCUACGGACACUCUACAUCGCGCACGCACCGAAGCUAGAAUUCCUUCCGGCGGACGUGUUUGAGGGCAUCUCCACCAAGUUGAAGACAUUGCGGAUUAUACACAGCGGACUGCUUGCGGUGCCGGAUUUGCGGGUGCUGUCCAACCACAUAAUUAUGCACAUGGUUGACUUCGAUGGUAAUCAAAUCCGCGAGAUCUACGAGAAAUCCAUACAGCUGAAGACUGACGAGUUGACUCUCGAUAACAAUGCCCUGACACAGAUUCAUGGCUCAGCGUUUCAUGGAUCAGAGAUUGCAAAGCUGAGCUUAAAGCAAAACUUCCGACUAAAAGACGUACAUAAACUGGCCUUCGUGGGAAUUGGCAACAUUAGAGAGCUGGAUCUUUCUGGAACUGCCAUCGAGGAGCUUCCCACCGAGGGGCUGGCGGAGCUCGAGGUGCUUCGCAUACAAAACACACACUCCCUCAAAACCAUUCCUUCAGUGUAUAAUUUCAGGAACCUGCGCACCGCAUUCCUCACCCACUCGUUCCACUGCUGCGCGUUCAAAUUCCCCGCCCGUCACGAUCCGGACGCGCACGAACAAAAUCUGAAAAAGUUCUACGAAGUACAGGAAGAGUGCAUCGCCCAAGGAUACGCGACGCCACACAUCAAGCAUGAGCCGCUGGCAACGGGCACCAGCACCACGGAAGUACCGCCACCGGAGAUCACCGGCUCGUUGGAUCAGGGCUCGGUGGGACUACGGACUCGUAAGCGUCGCAUGGUGGAAUUUCGUAACUGGUUCCGGUUGACGGCCAACGAUGAUGACGAUCGUCACGCUGGCCAUCCGACCGAAACCCUACGCAAGGGCAUCGAUUUGUCCGAGAAGCAUAUGGGUGAGAUCGUGGACGAUAAUCUGCAGCCCAUCACGGGCCUACCGGUGCCCGGUGAUGGCGAUGGUACGGUGCUGGAUGGCCGCGGUGAUGAGCUGUACUCGGACAAUCCACAGCCGGGCGUGUUCCACGAUCAGGUGGCCGAGAUAUCGUCGAUGGAGGCACUUUGCGGUAAUCUGACUCCGAUGACUUUCGAUGUCAAGUGUUACCCGAUGCCGGAUGCACUGAAUCCGUGCGAGGACGUGAUGGGAUCGCACUGGUUGCGUGGUUCAGUCUGGGUGGUGGUGCUGCUGGCCGUGUUCGGUAAUGUGGCCGUCGUCGUGGUGCUGUUCUCGAACCGGAGUGAACUGACGGUGCCCAAGUUCCUGAUCUGCAAUCUGGCAUUU